AUGGAGAGACGCCUACGUCUCCUGCCAAACCAGCCGUUGACCUUGAACCAACUGGGUCGUGACCUUGUUCAGGUCUGGAAUAACAUCCCACAAGGGUUUCUGAACCAUCUGGUGUCAUCAAUGAAACGUCGUUGUCAGGCCUGCUCAUCUUUGAAUAUAACGACCAUCAAUGUAUGCAACUGUAGGGACAUUGAAAUUGCUUGCAAGUCAGGGGAAAUAAUUUCUAUCAAGAAAGCAGGACAUCUAUUCAAAUCCAAUUAUUCUGAGUGUGACAGUCAGGAUCUUUUUCAACUUUGCAAAAACAAUACCAACAAUUGUUGUAAAAGAAACAAUGACGAUUGUAUUUUUCCGUACACCGACUCUGAAUUACACGAGCUUGUCCAGGAGUGUUCAAACAGGACUCAGUGUUCUUUUAAACAAAUCGUCCUUGCAAUUAAUAAGAGCAAUUGCUCUGAACAUACACCACACGGCUCCCAAGCCGUUGCCUCAGAAGUGGAAUAUGAAUGCAUCCAAAAUGAUAAUAAAUUUGAUGAUGAUGAUGACUCACAUGCUAUUGGACACAUUGUCGGCGCAGCUGCUGGUUGUGGAUUAAUUAUCUCUUGCGUCUUGGUUGUCGUAAUUGUGAGAAAAAGAAUGAAAGCAAACAUCAACAAAACCAAACUCCCUGAAGACUCACAGCCAGGGGCCAAUUGUUCGAUGGUCAAUGAUGGAGUAUAUACGUAUGUUACCACGUCUGAGUUUGAUCUAAUACCACAGAAGGCACCGACAUAUGAAGACUACAACACCCUAUCGUACAAUAAUCCACCCGUAAUGCACAAUGUUGUAGAAUCUAGUUUUUACGAUCAUAUGGUCUCGGGCUCGGAUGACUACGACCACCUGCAACAAAACAUGACAAGACACAUCCUACAGUUGCCAGUUCGGAAUAUGGCACCGCCAUAACCCCGCAGAGAUACAUCAGGCAAGGGAGUGGUGCACUUUCAAAUACUUGACGAGGAUAUACUUCAGGGGUGGAUACAGGAUUCUUCAUGGGAGGGGUGCACCUUUUUAAUAAAAGACAUGAAAUGUUUUCCAAAGUACACCAACAUACAUUAUAAUUAUAAAGGCAACCUUCCACAGAAACACAUAUGAGACCCAAAUCUUCCCCACAAAAAGUUAAAAGUUAAAGUUUGUUUUGUAUAACGAUAUCACUAGAACACAUUGAUUUAUUAAUCAUAGGCUAUUGGAAGUGAAACAUUUGGUAAUUUU